CCCGACUAUACCACAUGUCCAGCCUCCUAGUCCCGAAGAGAGCCUUCUCUUUGGAUGGUCCAAGUAUCACUCAAGUCGUUUUUUCAUGGAUCAGGAAACACUGGACACGAUGAUUCGUAGAUACAGCAGCUUGUAAUUGUAUGCGUGAAAUGAAAAGCCUCAUCCACUUGGCUGCUAUAACCUAGCUAGUGAAGCGAUAUUUUCCUAUUCAAUUUAAACAAACAAAACAAUAUCCAUUUUAAAAAAUUAUAUCUAUUUUAUUUAAGUAGUUAUUUUACUUGUAAUUUGUUUAUGGUUGCAUUGUCGGGAACCUAUUAUUUGUCAGCCAGUUUUGCCGACGUGUUGUGGGUUGAUUCCCAGCUCUUUAACGGGGUAGCCGAGUCCAAAACAAGGGACAGCUGUUUAUAAAUCCUAGUGUUUUAAUCCCUGUUUUUACUUGUUCAAGAAGAUGAAGAUAACGGUGGAAUUCGAGGAAUGUCUCAAAGACUCUCCGAGAUUCAGGGCCACUAUAGAGGAGGUGGAAGGGGAUGUUGGAGAGUUGGAGUCCAAACUCGACAAGCUGGUGAAGUUAUGCAUCGGGAUGAUCGACGCUGGCAAGGCUUACAACACGGCAAACAAACAGUUUGUCAAUGGAAUCCGCGAGCUCGCUGCGAGCUCCACCAAAGAUGAAGUCAUUGAGUCCAGUCUCACAACAUUUGCUGAGAGUCUACAGGAGAUGAUCAACUAUCACACGAUUUUGUUUGACCAGGCCCAGCGAUCGAUUAAGACACAGCUUCUAACAUUUGUCAAAGAGGACCUGCGGAAGUUCAAAGAGGCCAAGAAGCAGUUUGACAAGGUGAGUGAGGAGAAGGAGGCGGCGUUGAACAAGAACGCCCAGGCGCCUCGCAACAAGCAGCACGAGGUGGAGGAGGCCACCAACAUCCUGACGGCUACGCGCAAGUGCUUCCGCCACAUCGUCCUUGACUACGUCCUCCAGAUCAAUGUACUACAGUCCAAGAGAAGAUCGGAAAUUCUCAAAUCGAUGCUGUCCUUCAUGUACGCCCACCUGACCUUCUUCCAUCAGGGUUACGACCUUUUCAGUGAACUGCAACCGCUGAUGAAACAACUGGGGGGACAGCUGGAUCUGCUGGUGGUGGAUGCAGCCAAAGAGAAGAGGGACAUGGAGCAGAAACACUCCACCAUUCAACAGAAGGCUGCUCUGCAGGGGACAGAGGUUGAUGGCCACAGCUUUUGCGCGUGGAGGUCCUCUGACUUCUCGAAUGACGACACCAAGCUGGAGUACAAUGUGGACGCAGACAAUGGCAUUGCGAUGGAGGGCUACCUGUUUAAGAGGGCCAGCAACGCCUUCAAAACAUGGAACAGGCGCUGGUUCUCCAUUCAAAACAAUCAGCUAGUUUACCAGAAGAAGUUCAAGGAUAAUCCCACAGUGGUGGUGGAGGACUUGCGGCUAUGUACAGUCAAACACUGUGAGGAUAUCGAACGUCGCUUCUGCUUUGAAGUGGUGUCCCCCACCAAGAGUUGUAUUAUGCAGGCUGACUCUGAGAAGCUGAGGCAGGCUUGGAUCAAAGCUGUCCAGAACAGCAUCGCCACUGCCUUCAGGGAGCAGGGAGAGGACGCUGAGAAGCUGGACCGGAAAUCUUCCACGUCCACAGGCAGCCUGGACUCAGGCGGCGAGCCCAAAGAGAGGUCACUGAAAGGGGAGAGCGCCCUCCAGAGGGUCAUGGUCAUUGGGGGCAAUGCCUGCUGCUGUGACUGUGGUCAACCUGACCCACGCUGGGCCAGCAUCAACCUGGGCAUCACCCUCUGUAUCCAGUGCUCUGGGAUACACAGGAGUCUGGGGGUCCAUUUCUCCAAAGUGCGCUCGCUCACCCUGGACUCAUGGGAACCGGAACUACUCAAGCUGAUGUGUGAGCUGGGUAACGGGGUCAUCAACCAGAUCUACGAGGCUGGGAAAGAAGAGCUGGGAGCCAUGAAGCCAAAGCCGACAGACCCCAGGCAGGAGAUCGAAGCCUACAUCAGGGCCAAGUACGUGGACAGGCGUUUCGUGCAGCGCCCGUCCAAUGAAGAGUUACGCGCCAAGGUGGUGUCCCUGGCCAAACGGGAGAAGAAGCUGAGCGGCAGCACGGAGCACCUGCCCCCCCGGCCGCCCCCGCCCACGCCCAAACUCCGGCCCUCCUCCAACGCCUCAGGUCAGUCAGCUGCUGCCAAAGGCUUGAAGGCGCGCCGUGACUCUCUCUUCUGUCCAGACGAGCUUGACUCGCUCUUCUCCUACUUUGACACCUCUGCCAAGCUUAGGAGCAUAAGAAGUGCAGACAGUGGCAUCCAGAACAGUGCAGAAGGAAGUAGGGAGAUGCUGGCCACCAACAGCCUGGCUGAAGCAGAAGCUGCCGAGGCACCCCCCAUGGCCAUGCCUGCCACCCUGCCCCCUCCAUCGCCCUGUAAGGAGCUGGUGGUGUUCUCGGAGCCCAAGGAGUACUCCUCGGGGCUGCAGCUGUACUGGGCCUCGUGUGCCCGCAGCCUGCCCGACAUGGCCGAGGCCCUGGCCCACGGAGCGGAGGUCAACUGGGUCAACACCGACGACGACAAGAGGACCCCGCUCAUCAUGGCUGUGCAGGGGGGCUCGUUGGUGACCUGUGAGUUCCUGCUCCAGAACGCAGGAAACGUGAACCAGCAGGACGCCCUGGGUCGAGGACCCCUCCACCACGCCACCAUCCUGGGACACACCGGUCAAGUGUGUUUGUUCCUGAAAAGAGGAGCCAAUCAGAACGCGGCAGACAUUGACGCGAAAACGCCCCUAUCCAUGGCAGUGGACGCUGCCAAUGCAGACAUCGUCACAUUACUGCGAUUGGCCAAGAUGAACGAGGAGAUGCGGGAGGCGGAGGGGCCCUACAUGCAGUCAGGAGAUGAAACCUACCAAGACAUUUUCCAGGAUUUUUCCCAGAUGGCUUCAAACGAUCCGGAGAAACUGAACCGCUACCAGCAGUAUGACUCGCAGCAGAGGCCAUGAGGGAGGGAGACGACCUGGAAGUCUGUGGAAGCCGUCUGGGCUUUUUCCUGGUCAGUGCUGUACUCAGCACGAGUAUUGGAGGGUCUGUUUCACCUGAACCUCAAUGGUGAAGUGGUAUAUCACUUUAAUUGGUUUGAAUGGGUCUAAAAUUGUACAUUUCAAAGUUAAAAAUGUAUACAUUUCAUUGAGGCUGGAUGGCUCAGGAUUGUGAACCUAAACAAGGUUUUAUGAGACUCUGGACUGGUGCCUAGUUGGUAAAACAGUUCACAUUUGAACCUGAAUGGUACAGUAUUAUGCUUUAUAUAUAAUGUGACAGUUUGGUUCAAAACAUAACCAUAAACAAAAAUCAAGUUGAGUCGUAAUUGUUGUUUCUGAAUUCAUAUAAACCAAAUAGACCACUCAUCGUGUCUUUUGAGGUUUAGUAGGCUUUUUGCAUGUAGAUACUUUUUAAAAAUAUAUAUAACAAAUAAAAAUAUUUUUUUUUAUUUGUGCUAUCAAUUUGCUUAUAUCGUCCCAAUUCAAUGUGGUGUUUUUGUUGAUAAAUAAGCAGCACCUUUUUGUGAUUUUAGCUAUAGUGUGUUUUCACAGCAUUUAUCUGUCGUAUGUUAAAAAUGAAAGUUAAUGUUAAUGGCUGGCCACCCACUUUCCUCGUCAACACUGUUUUGUACGGUGAAAUUUUGGUGUGAAGUGCUCAUGUUGCUGAGAUGUAGGUUUGUCACUCUUCCGUUACUGUUAAACCCCUUAAUGUGGCUCAUGCAUAAAUGUUGAUUGUGGGUAUUUUGCUGUUUUACAUUUUUUUGAUGAGGCAAUACUUUUGUUUUGUGAUUUUUAAGAUCUGAAGGAGGGUAAAUCCGUUUAUUUGUGUGUGUGAGGAAGACGAGCCUUACGUUUUAAAGUAUAAUUUCAUAUUCAAUCUUGUUUUAGAUCGGAAACAAUGACUGUUAAAAAGAGAAAAGAUGACAUGUUAGGCUCUUUCUGCACAUGCCUGUUUGAAUUUAGGUCCCCAUAUUGUAGUAUCCACUUUUUCUGACGUCUCACUAUUUUAAACAGUAUUAUAGCAUCCUGUUCAUUGGAUGGCUAAAAACGACUUCUAUAAAAUAUACCUUGUUUAUUAGUGUAUUAGAAACACUAACGAGCAUGUACCACCUUCCUGGAUACGUACUACUGUGGCAUUGCAUUUACAAUAUGAGGAGCUCUCUUAAGCCCUGGUUAUACUUGGUGCUAAUGCUCUCAAGCCCUGUUUAUACCUGGUUCUAUCAUUUGCCUUUUGUCCUGAUCUUGUCCACAUUCUGAUUGUGCCCACAUUUUUAAAUGGGUGUAGAUGAUUAAAGCAACUGAUUGUGAUCAGAUCCUCCUUACCACUUCUGGAGGAGGUCUUUGUAAACCGAUCUGGAUUGGCAAACCAUUUAAAUCCACCCUCAUCAUUGACAUGGGCCACCAUGGACCGAAGGCAUCAAUAUUGGUCUAUAACGUAAAAUAAAAAUUAUAUCACAUGUAAAUGAAAUGUGUAAAUAGGGAUUUUUCCUUUCUUGACUUUUAUUGGACUCUAACUUGUAAACUCUGCCCACUGAGCUUUCAUCCAACCAAUGAAUUUGUCCCAACUACUUCUGUAGGUGGUCAGGAAGAUCUGAUCAGUGUUUUUUACAUUUUUUGUUAGCACCAGUUAUAAGCUGGGCUAUUCUUAAAUACAACAUGUGAUACAGAUCUUGUACAGCUUUUGAAUAUGCAUAAGUUAAAUCUAAAGUAGUGGUACUUGAAUCAUUAAAUAAGCGCUUGUAAAUGCUGAUAAUAUAAAAAAGACAAUUACAAGAUGAAAUUGUCUCCCUAUACCACUCAGAUAUGCAUAUUAUCGAUAUAAUUAAGGACUAUAUUACAUUUACUGCAAAUCAUGGACUGAAUUUCUUGCUGAAUGUUGAACUGUUUUGUUGUAUUGAUUUUAUAAAGCAAUUUUCCUUUC